CUUCAAUACCUCAAUCUUCCUGAACGUGUGAAUGCCCCAGUUGAAGACUUGGCGAGCUUGGAACUGCUCGAAGUAUUCGGAGGAGGGUUCUGUGAUUUGCAUAACUUUUACAAGUUCAUGAGUAGUCUCCAUAACUAUGAGAAAGAUUUGUGGUAUACCAUAUUUGUGGGGCAAGUAAGUAUUGGUCGUCACUUUGAUGACUACAUACCGAAACAGAGAAGAGUGAUUGUAGAAGAUUACACCAUUGAAGCAGCAACAUCAAUUAUUCUUCCACAUGGCAUUGACUUUCUAGAGAUUAGCAAAUGCCAUGGGCUGAGUAGCUGCUUUGUGGACAACUUUCUGUCACGGACUACUUCUUCAAGAGUCUUGACCUGCGAGAUCUUUUGUUGUGGUGAGAUAGAAUGGAUCGUCAACGUUCCCUCUGGUAGAGAUACAACUACAGACCCGCACUGCAUAUCUUUCCGUAGUCUGAUUGUUCGUGAAUUGCAAAAUCUUGUUGGGCUCUGUAAGGGAAAAAUUGCAUCUCACACCUUCUCAGGUCUAACAGAAUUGUAUAUCUCCAAGUGCCAUAGGAUGAAGAAGUUGUUUCCACGGGCUAUGUUGCAGGAUCUCAAGAACCUUGAGAAUCUUGUUGUAGGUGAGUGUUCAGAGAUGGAAGAGAUAAUAGGAAGAGAGGAAGGAGAGAGAAGUAGCCAAAGCAGCAGUACAUCUACAACUGCUGAUCUUCCUAAGCUAAAAGACCUCAUCCUGGAUUUCCUGCCUCAAUUGAAGAGUAUCUGUGAGGGAAAACUGAUGUGUGAUUCCCUUGAAGACAUGAGAUUUUAUAAGUGCCCCAAACUGAAGAGGAUGCCUUUCUAUACUCCAACUACAAAUGAACAUCCUUUUCCAUCCCUUAGAGUAAUCAAAGUUUAUGAAGAAGAAAAGAAUUGGUGGGAAAGAUUGGAGUGGGAACAAUCCCAUGUCAAGACCCUCUUCCAAAACAUUGUUAUUUAGUUUAGCAUUGAGGUUCACUCGCUUAUUGAUUUAGGAAAAUAACAUUUUUUAUUUUUCUUUUUGAAUUAAAUUUACAAUUUUGUUGAUUUGUGAAAAAAAAUGAAUUGACAUUUUUCCGGUGAA